CUCAAGAUGAAACGCCUUUUGGCUCUGCUCUGCCUGAUCUUGCUGCUGCCCCUUAUCAUGGCGGAAAAUCCACCCAUCAAUUUUCCGGCGGGGAAUCGAGAAAAAGCGCCAAAGGUGGCGCCACAAAACGCUGCGAGGGUGGGAUCACGAACACUGGAAAGUCUGAAGGGCCUUGGAUAAAUGGUCAAGGAAUCAGGGGAUUAUUAAUAAUGUGCCACGAAUUUCAAACUGUUACUUCAAAUAAAGUUUAGAUUUAUG